UUUGAUUAAUUUUCUUUUUGAAUUUUUUUAGCGAAACAAAAUAAAUUCCACAAAAAACGUGUUAUUAUUUCCGUGGCGUAGUCAAUUUAAAAAUGUCUAAAUAUUUUUUAUAAUUAUUUUUGUAUCAACGAACUUUGUGUCAUUUGAUCAAUUCAUAAUAACAUAUAAAUUAUCACCGAUUUUACUACGAAGUUCGAGAAUUGUUUGACCGGAGAUAUCAUUGUGAUUUCUAGUCAAUUUUAAAAAUAUAGAAUAAAAUUAAAAUGCCCGAAGGAACGGUUGCAUUACGAAUAUGCCAAGAAGGGCAUGCAAAUGCUCUUGCGCUCAACAAAGAUAGUACACAAAUUGCUGUGGCCGGCCGUUCAUUGUUAAAAGUCUUGUCAAUUGAUUCCGAUGGAUUUACCGAAGUGUGUAAUAUGCGCGGUGGAAAAAAUCAAAAUUUAAGCUAUUCAUCGAAUGAUGUUGCUUGGAGUAUGCUGGAUAAAAAUUUAUUGGCAACGGCUGCAACAAAUGGAGUUGUUUCUGUAUGGGAUCUAUCAAAAUUCGGACGACACAAGCAACUAUUAGUUUAUGGAGAGCAUGAACGUACUGCACACUCGGUGACCUUUCACACAACUGAUCAGAAUUUAUUGCUAUCCGGUUCACAAGAUGGAACAAUCAAAUGUUUUGAUAUGCGAGUCGAAAAAUCGGUAAACACAUAUUAUUCCAAUUCGGAAAGUGUUCGUGAUGUAAAAUUUAGUCCAGUUGUACCGAAUUUGUUUGCAUCGGUAUCCGAAAAUGGUACGGUUCAAUUGUGGGAUUUAAAACGUACUGAUCGAUGUCAACAACAGUUUACCGCACACAGUGGUCCAAUUUAUACAUGUGAUUGGCAUCCAACACAACAUUGGCUGGCCACUGGUAGCCGUGACAAACAGAUAAAAGUAUGGAACAUGGAACAGAGAUCAUCGUUAGAAUAUACAAUUCAUACGAUUGCAGUUGUUGGCCGUGUUAAAUGGCGUCCGGAACGUACAUACCACAUUGCAUCUUGUGCAAUGGUUGUUGACUAUAGCAUUUACGUUUGGGAUGUUCGUCGGCCAUUCAUUCCAUACGCCUCGUUUAAUGAACAUUCAAAUGUUACCACCGGCAUUGCAUGGAAGGCUGAUCCAUAUGUUUUACUUUCGACAAGCAAAGAUUCAACUAUUUUUAAGCAUGCAUUCAAAGAUGCUCAAAAACCAAGCAAUCAUGCCAAUCCACAAGGCACAACAUUCAACUAUAGAGGAGAUUUUAUUUACUCAUUUAAAACGAAAAAUCAACCGACAAAUAAUACAUCAAGCAAUAGUUUUCGUGCGGCUCUUAUGAGCGGCACACGAAUGAGCGGCAGUAAAAUAAACGAACCCGUUGAAGAUCAAUUUCAUAUAGCACGAUCAUCAGUCGUGAACUAUACAUCAAAACCGAUGCAGAAAGAUGUAUGCCAAGGUCAAACGCUGCAACAAAAAGACUAUUUUGUAUUAAAAGAAUGUGCUCAAGGAUAUAUUUUAGGUGGAAAACCAUUGGCAGAGAUAUGUGAUCAUAAUGGUAAAAUUGCCAGAAAUCUUGGCAAGCACAAUGUAUCGAUGCUAUGGCAAUUUGUAAAAAUAGUCUACUCAUCGAUUCCAAAACAAAAUUCGGAUCCAUUUCGGAAUACGACAGUCAAUCAAAAUUUAUUGCUGGCAAAUCGUAUAAAGAUGGCUGCACCAAACUCUGUACAGCACUGGGGCGAUGAAAUUUUAGACGAAAAAAUUCCACAUACCAACGAAUCGCAAAGUGAUGAAGUAGUUCAAAAACACUUUUUCAUACCGAAAUUAGGAGGUGAUUUGAAUAAGUUACCAAUGAAUCCAAAUAAUGGUGACGACGGAACAAUUGACGCUCUAAACAAUAUUGUUUAUGGCGAUAAUGAAUUAACGAUCGAAAAUAUGGAUUGUAUCAAAAGUUUAAGAAAUGGAUUCUUAUACAUUGGACCACAUGAUUUAACGAAAAAUUUUCCAUGGCCCAGUGAUUCGAUCAUGAAUCAUGAUAUGCAACAAAGCACACGACAACCGGAUAUGUCAAGGAAUCGUCGUGAUACUUCACCGCCACCUGAAACACCAACCGUACUUAAAGUCUUAAUGAAUAGCACAAACCAUCAACAAUGGAAUUCAGGCAAAGUGCUGGCUGACUGUUUAAAUCUUUUGGUUGAUAUUGAUGAUUUACAAAGUGCCGUUUAUAUUUUAAUUGCGUUAGGUGAAAAACGAAAUGAUAUUCCAAUUGAUGAAUCGGUUCACGAAUAUUGGCUCCUUUCGUAUAUUGAUUUACUGCAACGGCAUCAGUUUUGGCGUGAAGCGACUGAAAUUGUAAAAUCAUCGUGGCUUCGGCGUGUCUGUGAAGUGAAUCAACAGUCAACUGCAGUUCAUGUUAAUUGCGGUGAUUGUGGACGUUUGGUAUCGAAUUCGGUCAGUUGCUAUUGCAGCAAAUGUAAAUCAUCACAAAGUUCAAAAUGCAGCGUUUGCAAUCGUAUUGUAAAAGGUUUAUACGCAUGGUGUCAAGGUUGUUCACAUGGUGGCCAUUUAAUGCAUAUGAAAGAAUGGUUUUCAAAUCAUUCAAAAUGCCCGCGCUGCGGUCAUCUUUGCGAGUACGAAUAGAAGUUUAUUUCACACAAAACAAAAAAGAUUCCAUAAAAUUGAUGCAAAAAUUCAGAAGUAUUCGGAUUUGUUUGUAAUUUUAUGAUAUGUGAUAUUACUUUAUUGGAUAUUUUAUAACAAUGAUUUUGUGUUACUUGGAAGAGAGAGGAUUUUUAAAAACUAUUGAUUGAAUAUCAAAAAUCUGCAAGAAGUUAAAACUUUGUCGGAAGAAACAUUUGCGUCGAGUAUAGUACAUAUUUUGAUGAAGAUUUUUCACUUUAAUAAUAUUUUGUCUGUUGUCACUUCGCUAUAUGAUUCUUUUUUCAUUUACAACAAAUCUCAUUUGUUUUCACAACAAAUCUACCGUUUUUAAUU